UAUGUAGAGAACAUGAAUUAACUCCAUAAAAUCCCGUAAAAGUUUCCGAGAGUAAACGCUUCAUCACUCUCUCUCACCUCUCCAAUUACCGACCCGAAAUGGAGCAAAAUCCCAGACCCAAAACAAUUCUCGAAACAUGCGGCGAAGAAAUUAUCAGAAUCGUAACCCCAGUUUCGAUAUGUAUGUUAUUGGUAGUAAUUCUCGUAUCUGUCCUCAACGGCGGUUCCUCCUUCGACGACGGCCUCUCAUUUGCAACCAUGGCCACCAUGGCCUACUCCGAGAGUAGCUCCAACUCCAUCUGGGACAAGCUCAAAGGCGCCCUCUUAAACUCCCUCGUCUUCGUUGCUGUUGUCACGGUUGCUACUUUCCUAUUAGUGCUCCUCUUCUACCUCAAUUGCACUAAAUUCUUGAAAUACUACAUGGGUUUCUCUUCCCUGCUCGUUUUGGGCUUCAUGGGGGGCGAGAUUGCCCUUUUUUUGAUCAAAGUUUGGAGCUUUCCGAUUGAUUGCUUUACUUUUGCUGUCGCCUUGUAUAAUUUCACUGUUGUUGGUGUUAUGGCUGUGUUCAUGUCCAAAAUGGCUAUUUUUGUGACUCAGGCUUACUUGGUUGUGAUUGGGAUGUUGGUUGCUUAUUGGUUUACCUUAUUGCCCGAGUGGACAACGUGGGGGCUCUUGGUUGCUAUGUCGUUGUACGAUCUGGCUGCGGUUUUGUUGCCUGGUGGGCCAUUGAGGCUCUUGGUGGAGCUUGCCAUGGCUAGGGAUGAAGAUAUCCCUGCUCUCGUUUAUGAGGCGCGGCCAGUUAUUAGUGAUGCUGGUUUGGGUGAUGGUGUGGUGAGGAGAAGGGUUUGGAGAGAGGGAAGAGGUGAUUUGGAUGAAGAUCAAAGGCUUAGGUCUGAUAUUGUUUCGGAUUCUAGUUUGAGGACUUAUGGUGAGAGUGGGAGUGAAAGAAAUAUUGUCGAUGCUGAAGAGGGAAUGGCCUUGGGAGAGGAUUCUGAGCUUGCUGCUCCUCUCAUACAACAUAUUAAUAUUAGAAUGAAUUCUUUGGACAAUGCUGUUUCGGGUGAGAACUUGGCGCUUGAAGGAAUUGGCUUGGGAUCAUCUGGUGCAAUCAAGCUUGGACUCGGCGAUUUUAUCUUUUACAGCGUUUUAGUUGGAAGAGCUGCUAUGUACGACUUCAUGACGGUGUAUGCUUGCUACCUUGCUGUCAUAGCUGGUCUUGGUAUAACUCUGAUGCUCCUUGCAUUUUAUCGAAAGGCUUUACCUGCUCUUCCUUUCUCUGUCCUGCUAGGCGUCUUGUUUUAUUUAUUGACGAGGCUGUUGCUUGAAACUUUUGUUGUACAAUGUUCUAUAAACUUAUUGAUGUUUUAGAUAAGACAUGUUUAUGAUA